CCGAAGUUUUUACAUACCAAUUCUACUAGUCACACUUGGCCAUUCAGUGCAGUUGCUGAAUUAAUAGAUAAUGCAUACGAUCCUGAUGUGAAUGCUAAACAAAUAUGGAUUGACAAAACAGUGAUAAAUAAGCACAUAUGCUUAACGUUCACUGAUAAUGGGAAUGGUAUGACUUCAGAUAAAUUACAUAAAAUGCUAAGCUUUGGCUUCAGUGACAAAGUCACCGUGAAUGGUCAUGUCCCAGUUGGAUUGUAUGGGAAUGGUUUCAAGUCAGGUUCUAUGCGUUUGGGUAAAGAUGCAAUUGUUUUUACCAAAAAUGGAGAAACCAUGAGUGUGGGCCUCUUGUCUCAGACCUACUUGGAAGCCAUACAAGCAGAACAUGUUGUUGUUCCAAUAGUGGCCUUCAACCAACACCGACAGAUGAUUAAUUUAGUGGAAUCAGAGGCAAGCCUGGCUGCAAUUCUGAAGCAUUCUCUGUUUCCCACGGAGCAGAGUUUACUAGCAGAGCUGGAUGCUAUCAUAGGGAAGAAGGGGACGAGGAUCAUCAUUUGGAACCUUAGGAGCUAUAAAAGUGCAACAGAGUUCGAUUUUGAGAAGGAUAAAUAUGACAUCAGAAUUCCAGAAGAUUUAGAUGAGAUAACAGGGAAGAAAGGGUACAAGAAACAAGAGAGGAUGGACCAAAUUGCCCCAGAAAGCGACUAUUCCCUGAGGGCUUACUGCAGUAUCUUAUACCUAAAGCCAAGAAUGCAGAUCAUCUUACGUGGACAGAAAGUGAAGACACAACUAGUUUCGAAGAGUCUUGCUUACAUUGAACAUGAUGUUUAUCGACCAAAAUUUUUAACGAAAACAGUGAAAAUUACUUUUGGAUUCAACUGCAAAAAUAAAGAACAUUAUGGGAUAAUGAUGUAUCAUAAAAACAGACUCAUCAAAGCUUAUGAAAAAGUUGGAUAUCAGUUAAAGGCAAACAACAUGGGUGUUGGAGUAGUGGGAAUUAUAGAAUGUAAUUUCCUAAAGCCAACUCAUAAUAAGCAAGAUUUCGACUAUACUAAUGAGUACAGGCUUACAAUACUAGCACUGGGAGAUAAACUGAAUGAUUAUUGGAAUGAAAUGAAAGUGAAGAAAAAUGCAGAAUAUCCUCUAAAUUUGCCUGUUGAAGAUAUACAGAAACGUCCUGAUCAGACAUGGGUUCAAUGUGAUUCCUGUCUAAAGUGGCGAAAGUUACCAGAUGGGAUAGAUCAACUCCCAGAAAAAUGGUAUUGCUCCAAUAACCCCGACCCACAGUUCAGAAACUGUGAUGUUCCAGAAGAACCUGAAGAUGAGGAUUUGGUGCAUCCGACUUAUGAAAAAACCUACAAAAAGAGAGACAAGGACAAAUACAGGAUCAGACAACUGGAAAGGCUCCCUCAGAUUAAUACUGAACUGUUGUUUUCAACAAUCCCUUUGCCAAGUAUUUCUCCCGUGAAGGACAGUGUUCCAAGAGGACAUCUUUCAGAAGCAGCGAAUACUUACGCAGCACGACUUGUAAACAACAGGGGUUCACCCCAGUCUGAGCCUGAGAGCAACAGCAUGAAACGGAGACUUCCUAUUCGUUCCUCAAUUUUGAAUGCAAAGACUCCGAGAUUGAGUAAUCAAGCAUUUGAAAAUCCAGCUUCUAGAGAGGAUGAUGAAGAUGUCAUCAUCUUAGAAGAGAACAGUACUCCCAAGCCUGCAAUAGAUCAUCAGAAUGUUGACAUGAAACCAGAACAGAGUCACAUCGAGCAAAGUAUGGGUGACAUGCUUCAGGACGAGCCUAUGGGUGACAGUGAACCUUGUGACCAGACUAGUUCAACAGGCACCUUGCCAGCCAGGUGUGAUCAGGCAACUGCUGUGGCCACCCAGACUGAAGUCCCAGGUGUGGUGGUUAAAAAGGAAGAAACGAUUGAAGAUGACAUCAAUACAAGAAACGAUACAGCUGCACUGCCAUCCUGUGUGGAAGCUGAAGGGAAGCCACAGGAAAUGCAGGAGACCUUUGAUAAAGCUGUGGGUGAUGCUGGGUGCCGGGUAAAUGAACUGAGAAAUGAGCUGCUUCUAGUUACCCAAGAAAAAGAAGAUUAUAAAAGACAGUGUCAUAUGUUUACUGACCAAAUCAGGCAGUUACAACAGAGGAUACUGGAAAUGAAUGACAAAUACAUGAAGAAGGAAACCUGCCAUCAAUCUACCGAAACUGAUGCUGUGUAUUUACUUGAAAGCAUUAAUGGCCAAUCUGAAAGUCUAGACCACGUGGCAUCUCAGUACCGGCAAGCGCUGGACGAGAUAGAAAGGCUGAAGAAACAGUGCAGCGCUUCGCAGCACGUGAAGCACGAAUGCAGUCAGUGUUCCAAUAGUGAGAGUAAAAGUGAGAUGGACGAAAUGGUCAUGCAGCUGGAUGAUGUGUUUAGACAGCUGGACAAAUGCACUGUCGAGAGGGACCAGUAUAAAAGUGAGGUUGAAUUACUGCAAAUAGAGAAAUCACAAAUUCGUUCACAGUGUGAAGAACUGAAAACUGAAAUUGAACAAUUAAAAUCUGCAAGUCAACAAAGAGGAACAGAUGUUUCAACUUCAAGUAACAUUGAGGAGUCUGUAAAUUAUGCUGAUGGGGAAAGCUUCAAACUGCGAUCUCUCCGAGUUAAUGUGGGACAACUGCUGGCCAUGAUUGUACCUGACCUCGAUCUUCAGCAAGUGAAUUAUGAUGUCGAUGUCGUUGAUGAGAUUUUAGGACAAGUUGUCGAACAAAUGAGUGAAAUCAGUAGUUCUUAAAGUCUAUAUUAUUCGAUAAAAUAAAACUAUUUGCUCAGUC